AGCUGGUGGAGGUUCACUAUCAUUUUUCCUGCCACACACAAUUAACCUCUACAGGAAGGACUGGUCGCUUUUUGUGUUUCCACGCUCGUGCCUUGUGGAUUUUAUGGAUCUUGAACUACAGAGAAGUCUGAAAAAUACAAAAACCCUCCUUGAACUUUGUGACAGGAUCUAAGCUUUUAUUCCAGGACGUCAGCCGGAUUCACACAUAGCUCUGAUAAAGUCAUCAGCUGUGUGGAAAACACUGGUUUGCCUUUGACAUGGGGUCUGGCAAGGGACUACUUACUGUAGGCUUGUUGUGUAUGCUGGGGAGAUGUUUCUCUGAAUGUAGCCCGGGCUUCAACUCAGAGGGCAAUAAGUGUAAUGAUGUGAAUGAGUGCGAAGAAUUCCCAGAGCCGUGUGGGAAGUACACACGAUGCUUCAACACCGAGGGGAGCUAUCACUGUCAGUGCCAGCCUGGGUUCACGAACAUUAAAGGAAAGGUAAACUUCACAGGGAUAGAUGGACAGUGCCAAGAUGACAACGAGUGCACCGACUAUGCCAACAUCUGCGGUCACGGCGGGAAUUGUACAAACCUGAUUGGGCGCUACAAAUGCACCUGUGAUUUUGGGUACACCGCCGACAACAGCAGCAAUGGACACUGCAUAGACAUAAACGAAUGCAACGAAGCUGAAAAGAAAAGAGAAGACCUCUGUGGAGGGAAAGGGACCUGUAAAAACGUUAACGGGAGUUACUGGUGCAAGUGUCCCAACGGAUACACUAAUUAUGGCAACGACAGGACUCCAUGCUCAGAACUGGACUGUGACAGCUUCAAUGUCGACAGCGGGCCUCCACCGUCGCUUGGAGGCCUGGCAGACAUUGUGGUCAUGAUGAGAAACAGCUGUUUGGCUCUGUCGAACCCAAGUGUCACUGGUGAAGUGAAAGCUGAUGGAGAGGCGCUGCUGGAGAAACUUUUCACAGCAGCUGUGGCCAUCCUGUCCCCUGGUCACCUGGACAGCGGUGAAGAUGUGAGCGGACUCCUUGGUACGGUGGAGAACGCUAUCAUGCUCAUUGGUCCACAGCUUAAAGACAGCCACACCAAGAUGGAGACCACAGAGACAGAUGCAGAAAUUGCUGUGCAGAGGGGAAAGACCCGACCAACCGGGCCUAUUUAUCUGACCAAUGACUAUGCUUCACUCAACACUGACUGGACAACAGCAGCUGGGAUGGGAUCCUACCCCGGUUUUGCUCUGGCUGCGUUGUUGAGCUACAAGAACCUUGAGAUCUCUGUUAACCGGUCCUUUGAGGAGCUCACAGGACAUGAAAAAGAUGGCAUGGAUCCCACCUUUAAGGUCUUCUCUAGAGUUGUGUCUGUUGUGGUCUCCAACCCAUCCACUCAGAACCUGAGCCGCCCUGUCAACAUCACCCUCAGACAUCUGCAGGACACAGAGGAGUCGCCUGUGGUGAGCUAUAUCUGCGCAUACUGGAGUGAGAGAGGGACCUGGUCCACAGAUGGUUGCUAUCAACAGCACUCCAACGCCACACACACUGUGUGUACAUGUAAACAUCUGAGCAGCUUUGCUGUGCUCAUGGCACGCUACCCGAUGGAGCACACCUUUGGGCUCCUGGUGGUGACCAAGAUAGGGCUGACCAUCUCCCUGCUGUGCCUUAUGCUGUGCAUACUGACGUUCACGUUCUGCCGCUCCAUACAAGGGACCCGCACCACCAUCCACCUUCACCUGUGUAUCUGCCUCUUCGUGGCUGAUCUCGUCUUCCUGGCUGGCAUCUCACAAACUAAACCUGUGGGUGGCUGCAGGUUUAUCGCUGCGAUGCUCCAUCUCUUCUUCUUGGGAGUGUUCACCUGGAUGCUGCUGGAAGGCGUGCAGCUGUACCGUAUGGUGGUCCUGGUCUUCAAUGCCACCAUUCGGCCCCUCUACUUAUUCAUCAUUGGUUAUGGGACACCCCUUGUUAUUGUCAUUAUAUCUGGCAUCAUUAGACCGAAGGGAUACGGCACUGACCAGCACUGCUGGCUGUCCCUGGAAGAUGGCCUCAUCUGGAGUUUCUUUGGUCCCGUGUGCCUCAUCAUCAUCCUCAACGUUUUCUUCUUCAUCGUCACCGUCUGGAAGCUCGCCCAGAAGUUCACCAGCCUCAACCCAGACCUCUCCAAGCUACACAAAAUCAAAGCUUUCACAGUGACAGCUAUUGCCCAGAUGUGUAUACUGGGUCUCAUGUGGGUGUUUGGGGCCUUUCUGUUUGAAGAGGGCGUUGUGGUAGCGUAUAUCUUCACUAUCCUCAACAGCCUGCAGGGAGCGCUGGUCUUCAUCAUGCACUGCCUACUGUCUAAACAGGUGAGAGAGGAGUAUGCCCAUUUCCUCUCCUGUAUCUGCCCACCACAGAAGAAGAGAUACUCAGACUUCAGCAGCACCAAUCCGUCCAGUAGUCAGUCACAAGGGUCUCGGAGCGGGCAGCUCACCGGAGAAUCCCACAUAUGAAGCACUCUCUCUUUUAUUCCAAAGACAGACUUUCACACCAAUCUGGGCUAAAUUAGCCCUGAUUUUAAUGGUUUGGAUCACUUCAAAUAAAAAUUAAUAGGGGGUUGGAAGCUGUACCAAAAUCAAAAUCUUAAAUGAAACAUCCUAAGAAAGAAAAAUCUUAGUCAUGUACAACCUCAAGCAGGAGUUGCAAAUAGGCAUCACUUGGCCAUAAAGGGUUUCAUGCCAAAUAGGUUGGGAGCUGCUGCAUUGAACAUACAUCUAACGAGCCCCAGCAGUUAAAUCUCAGGCCUCUCAGACCCAAAUGAAGUUAAUGGGACCAAAUCUUUGACAAAAACCGUAAACAUCAAUCCAUGAACAUGAGUAGCACCAUCAGCCAGUCAAUUGCAUUAUGGGUCAGAAAGUCCAACAUUUACCUCAAGAUUCUGCUUAUUUUCCUCACUGAUUCAUGAAAGAGUGCUCUGUUGGUGGAUCAAGUUGUGCUGAUAAUGACUGACUUUUCAUUUUAGUGUGAAUUCUGCAGGCAAGAAGUAGCCAACUUCAAAAGAGAGUUUAUUCAGGAACUCUGAAGAUGUUUCCGUAGCUUCAUGCAAAACAUAUCGCAAUCAUAGUAUAAGCUGUAUUCCCUUUGGAGUGAUGAAAAGUGAUGCUGAUAUAGAGUAUUUAUUUUUAAGUGCAGACUAUAAAGCCUGCAUCAUGUAGGCUACAAGAAAAUAUGAGUGAUGCUCUUAAUGUUUAAAGCAGAGUUUGCGUUGUAUUUUCUAGAAAUGUUUUAUGUAAAGAUAAGGGUGGGUGUGCUUUUUGCUCAUGGGAUCCAUUAUGUUUCACUGAUGUGCCUGCAAAUCCCACGAGGGCUCCUCUAAGAACUUUAUGUCUGUUGUUUUGUUUGUUUUUCAUGUCAAACAAAAUAAGUGAUGUUUUUAAUCACUUGUGGCUCUUCUUAAAGAAAAUCUCUUGAAUAGCAAUUGAGCUGUGCCUUCUGUCACUGGUGUAUUAUAUUCUUCUUGAAACAAGAAACCAAGAAAACAAAUCCGGCGCAUAAUGGUUGUUUUGGGAAAUUUACAAAAACAGGCCCACCCUUCUAAUAAGCCUGCAGCUUCCUGCAAUCAAACUGUGUUUAUAGAAUAAAAUUCCAUUUUGUUACCAUGUUUUCUUAUUAUAGCUGUUAGCCUGUGCUUUCACACAUUGUUAGUGACUGUAAGGUAUCACAUCCCUGAGUAAUGAGAACCAGCUGUUUUGAUGAGGUUUAACAGGAGCUGUACAGACCUGAGUUAGUUUAUUUUAUUGCACUUUUCCUUUGUAAGAGAUGAUAAUCCAGCACAUCUUAAUGGGAGGAUCUAGAAGACUUGAGAACCAGCCUCAGAACCUGAACAGUUUACGUGUUGUAAUAAAGCAGUUAUAUAUUUUUUCCUGUUUUGUAGGAAUUGAUCACAUCAUGUCGAAGACGUUGAUCCUCAGAGAAAAGACUUUGUAUGAUUGUUUUUUUCUUCUGCUCUUUGUUUAUAUUUAAAUUGCCUGAUUAAGCAAAGGCUGUCUUGGUUUUAACACCUAAACUGUUCUGCGGUUCAUGUGGCUGCACUUUUUUUGUGAUGCCUUUUAGUCAUGCAUUGCAAAAUGUAUUUUUAUGUGAAAAAGCUACAUGCAGUAUGCAGAAGUUUGUGAAUGUAAGAAUCUUGUUGCUCGAACGUACUAUAGGUGCUCUAGUUUGAAGCUAUAUGAACUUAUUUUUUUACUUUGUUUUGUUGUAUGUUGUUCGGUACUUUUUUCUUUAAAGAAUAUGCACCACAAAUUUUAUUAAAGCUUAUACUUCAUCUGAAAA